CUGUCUAACAGUCCUAUCGAGUCUUGUCAGAACUUCUACAAAGACUUCACGUUACAGACAGACAUGGCGUUCAAUGUGUUCUUCUUGCUCUAUUUUGGCCUCCGUUUUAUCGCUGCCAACGACAAGCUGUGGUUCUGGCUGGAGGUGAACUCGGUGGUGGACUUCUUCACGGUUCCUCCCGUGUUCGUCUCGGUGUACCUGAACAGGAGCUGGCUUGGUAAGGAGGCACCCAUCACUGUGGAAAACUCAGGGGAUCCUUGGGAAAAUUUUCAAAAUUCCCAAGUGCUUUCCUACUGGGAAUGUGUCUACCUGCUCAUGGUAACGAUGUCAACUGUCGGCUACGGAGACGUUUAUGCAAAAACCACCCUGGGCCGCUUGUUUAUGGUCUUCUUCAUCCUUGGUGGUUUGGCCAUGUUUGCAAGCUACGUCCCUGAAAUCAUAGAGUUAAUAGGAAACCGCAAGAAAUAUGGUGGUUCCUAUAGUGCGGUUAAUGGGAGAAAGCACAUCGUGGUCUGUGGUCAUAUAACACUUGAGAGUGUGUCCAACUUUCUAAAAGACUUCCUACACAAGGACAGGGAUGAUGUCAAUGUAGAAAUAGUUUUUCUCCAUAAUAUUUCCCCUAAUCUUGAGCUGGAAGCCUUGUUCAAGCGCCACUUCACCCAGGUGGAGUUCUAUCAAGGAUCUGUCCUUAACCCACACGACCUGGCCAGAGUCAAGAUUGAAUCAGCUGAUGCCUGCCUGAUCUUGGCCAACAAAUACUGUGCUGACCCUGAUGCUGAGGAUGCGUCCAACAUAAUGAGAGUAAUCUCUAUCAAGAACUACCAUCCAAAAAUCAGAAUCAUCACUCAAAUGUUACAGUACCACAAUAAGGCUCAUCUUUUGAACAUCCCAAGCUGGACCUGGAAGGAGGGAGACGAUGCCAUUUGCCUCGCAGAGUUGAAGCUUGGAUUCAUUGCGCAGAGCUGCUUGGCUCAGGGCCUCUCCACCAUGCUGGCCAACCUUUUCUCAAUGAGGUCCUUCAUCAAGAUUGAGGAGGACACUUGGCAGAAGUAUUACCUAGAAGGAGUAGCCAAUGAGAUGUACACAGAGUACCUGUCCAGUGCUUUUGUGGGUUUGUCGUUUCCAGUCAUUUGCGAACUCUGCUAUGUGAAGCUGAAACUGCUCCUGAUAGCUAUAGAGUACAAAUCUGAUCAAAGGGAAAGCAGCACUCUGAUCAAUCCCGGAAACCAUGUGAAAAUGCAGGAGGGGACCUUGGGCUUCUUCAUUGCCAGUGAUGCCAAAGAAGUUAAGAGAGCUCUGUUCUAUUGUAAGGCUUGCCACGAUGACAUAACUGAUCCCAAAAGGAUAAAGAAAUGUGGUUGCAAGAAAUCUAAAAAUAGCUAUAAUGGAUAUAUCAAAUCAAUAAAGAACAAACAACAAAUCCAGUCAUCAGCUUAUCAGUUCAAGUCAACUAAACUGAGCCUGAGCACUGCCAACCAGGCCUGUAAUGGCCCCCCCACUAGAGCUGCUGCUGUGUCGGUCCCCUUGGUAAACAACCGCAAGGGAAGCCUACUUUCUCCCACUGACCCCUCCACUCUGAGAUUGAGCCUCAUAGGCUCCAGAGACCUGGCCCCGGUCAGCAAGCUGCGAGGCGUGGCAGAGGAGUCCAGCAUGCUCCAGCGUGCGCGUAGCCUGCCCGUGAAAUACAGAUACCAGUCCGGCCGCACCAUCGAAGAGGACCAGCAGUCAGCGCUAUCGCCCAAAAAGAAGCAACGCAAUGGAGGCAUGAGGAACUCCCCGAACUCCUCUCCUAAGAUAAUGAGACAUGACCCACUCCUCAUCCCAGGCAACGAGCAGAUAGAGACCAUGGACGAGAACAUAAAGAAAUACGAUUCCACAGGGAUGUUUCACUGGUGCCCAUCCAAAGACAUCGAGAAGGUCAUCCUGACACGCAGUGAGGCUGCCAUGACUGUUCUGAGUGGUCAUGUGGUUGUGUGCAUAUUUGGAGACGUGAAAUCAGCUUUGAUUGGACUCCGGAACUUCGUAAUGCCCCUGAGAGCAAGCAACUUUCACUACCACGAACUGAAGCACAUCGUGUUUGUGGGGUCCCUCGAGUAUUUGAAGCGGGAGUGGGAAACUCUUCAUAAUUUCCCAAAAGUCUCCAUUCUGCCUGGCACACCGUUGAGUAGGGCAGAUCUGAGAGCUGUCAACAUCAACCUCUGCGACAUGUGUGUCAUCCUGUCAGCCAAUCAGAACAAUAUUGACGAUGCAUCACUUCAGGACAAAGAAUGCAUCUUGGCGUCACUCAACAUCAAAUCCAUGCUGUUUGACGACAGUAUUGGGGUCUUGCAGGCCAAUUCUCAAGGCUUCACACCACCAGGCAUGGAUAGAUCUUCUCCCGAAAACAGCCCAGUCCACGGUUUAGUGAGACAGACCUCAGUCACAACUGGAGCAAAUAUUCCAAUCAUAACAGAACUAGCACCAUUAGCAAAGCCAGGCAAAAAACUGCCUGUGAUUUCAAUCAGUCAGGAUAAAAGCAGUGGGACCAACAUACAAAUGAUAACUGAGCUGGUAAAUGACUCCAACGUUCAGUUCCUGGACCAAGACGAUGACGAUGACCCGGACACAGAGUUAUACCUCACUCAGCCUUUCGCCUGUGGGACAGCUUUCGCGGUCAGCGUUCUGGACUCUUUAAUGAGUGCAGUAAGCGGGGCCACGCCGGAGCUGGAGGGGCUGCUGGCCGAGGAGAACGCGUUACGGGGUGGUUAUAGCACACCACAGACCCUGGCGAACAGGGACAGGUGUCGCGUGGCACAGCUGGCCUUGUACGACGGGCCCUUUGCUGACCUUGGGGAUGGUGGCUGUUAUGGUGACCUGUUUUGUAAAGCCCUGAAAACAUAUAACAUGUUGUGUUUUGGUAUUUAUCGGUUACGAGACGCGCAUCUAAACUCACAAAGCCAAUGCACCAAGCGGUAUGUCAUCACCAACCCACCAUAUGCAUUCGAGCUGGUGCCCUCAGAUCUGAUAUUCUGCCUGAUGCAGUUUGACCACAAUGCUGGCCAGUCUCGAACCAGCCUCUCCCACUCUUCUCACUCUUCCCACUCCUCAAGUAAAAAGAGCUCCUCCGUCCACUCUAUUCCAACCACCAACCGCACCAACCGCAUCAAAAGCAGGGACUCACGAGACAAACAAAACGCAACAAGGAUGAAUAGAGUUGGCCAAGAAAAGACAUGGUUUACAGAUGAGCCAGAGAAUACCAACCUGAGGACCAUACAGUUCAAGCCUGUGAAUACUCUCGCCAUCAACCAAGUCAGUCAGAAUAAAUGCACAAGCAGCUCAAUUCCACCCAUCAGAGAGGCAGAGGAUGAGUGCUGA